AGUUGCAGUUGUGCUGUGAGACACAGCCCGAGCCCUGAAUCUCUUUUUAUGAACAAAAAUUUAUAUUUUUUGUUUGUUUUUGAAAAAAGAAUAAUAACCUUUCUCUGACAUCUAAACGCUAUUGUUCUUCAUAUUCAAAACAACCAUGAAAGUUCCCUGAAUCUCUUUAAAACCCUGAAGGAACCCAUUUUUCCAUGCAAAUUUCUUCACUCAACUUUCAAUUUUCCUCAAAAAAUGGGUUCUCUUGUUCCAUUUCAAGACCUCAAUCUGUUGCCGUCGCCACUUAGUCCCGCCGCUGCCGCCACCUCUACUUCCGCCGCUUCUGCGCUCCUAACCCCCAAAAUCGAACCCAAUUCCGAACCAUUGGACCAACCCAUCCAAACACAGCAGCUUCAAUGCCCACGGAACAACUCUGAACCACUAUUCUCCAGUUCUACCCCUGUGGUUUCCCCUAAUUCCGAAAAUGCCCCCGCCUCUCAGUCUUCCGAUCAAGAUAAGGUCUACUCCGAGUUCUUCCGAAUCUCCGAGCUAUUCCGCUCGGCUUUCGCUAAAAGAUUACAACAAUACGAUGAUGUCGAUGUCUUGGACCCUGAUUCUCGCGCUAUUGUACCUGUAAACCAAGAAGACCAGCUCUCAAACGCGGUCCCUUCGCCGCGUCCAAGACCUCCGAAACGAUCUUCGCAGCUCGUCCGUGUUACGGAUUUGAACCUCGAAGAUGAGAGGUACUUUCGUGAUGUUGUGAGAAGAACAAGAAUGGUUUAUGAUUCUUUGCGCAUUUUCGCCGUUGAUAAAGACGAGAAAAGAAGAGGAGAGAGUCACAUGAGGCGGGCACGUGGCGAUUUAACUGCUUCUGCAGUGAUGAAAGAUCGCGGCUUGUGGCUUAAUCGCGAUAAAAGAAUCGUGGGGUCUAUCCCUGGUGUUCAAAUUGGUGAUUUGUUCUUCUUUAGAAUGGAAUUGUGUGUUGUUGGAUUACACGGUCAGCCUCAAGCAGGGAUUGAUUACUUGCCUGGCAGUCAGAGCUCGAAUGGAGAGCCGAUCGCAACAAGUGUCAUUGUUUCAGGUGGUUAUGAAGACGAUGAAGAUGCAGGGGAUGUUAUAAUUUACACUGGGCAUGGUGGGCAAGAUAAAUUUAAUAGGCAAUGUGAACAUCAGAAGUUGGAAGGAGGGAAUCUUGCUUUGGAGAGGAGUAUGCAUUAUGGGAUUGAGGUAAGAGUCAUAAGGGGCAUUAAAUAUGAACGUAGUUUGAGUUCAAGUAACAAAGUGUAUGUUUAUGAUGGUUUGUAUAAGAUUCUUGAUUGUUGGUUUGAUGUGGGUAAGUCCGGUUUUGGUGUUUACAAGUAUAAACUAGUGAGAAUUGAUGGGCAACCGGAAAUGGGUAGUUCGAUUUUGAGGUUUGCUGAGAGUCUUAGAAGUAAGCCAUUAUCGGUGAGGCCAAUGGGUUAUCUUAGUCUAGACAUAUCCAAUAAUAAGGAGAAUGUUCCGGUUCUUUUGUUUAAUGAUAUUGAUAAGGAUCAUGAUCCUUUGUAUUAUGAGUAUCUCACCAAAACUGUGUUUCCUCCAUUUGUGAUUAAUCAAGUGAGUAAUGGUUCUGGAUGUGAUUGUGUUUCGGGUUGUACCGAUGGUUGCUUUUGUGCUUUGAAGAAUGGGGGUGAGUUUGCUUAUAAUGGUAAUGGUUGUCUCUUGAGAGGCAAGCCUGUAAUAUUUGAAUGUGGGGCGUUUUGUAAGUGUCCACCAAAUUGUCGAAACCGUGCUUCUCAAAGAGGGUUGAGAAAUAGAUUGGAAGUGUUUAGGUCUAGGGAGACAGGUUGGGGAGUUAGGUCUUUAGACUUGAUACAUGCUGGUGCUUUUAUAUGUGAAUAUACUGGGGUUGUUCUAACAAUGGAGCAAGCACAGAUUUUUGCCAUGAAUGGUGAUAGUUUGAUUUAUCCAAGUCGCUUUUCUGCAAGAUGGACAGAGUGGGGGGAUUUGUCUCAGAUAUUUUCUGAUUAUAUGUGUCCAUCUUAUCCCUCUAUACCACCUCUGGAUUUUGCAAUGGAUGUAUCAAGAAUGCGAAAUGUUGCUUGUUAUAUUAGUCAAAGUCCAACUCCAAAUGUGAUGGUUCAGUUUGUGUUGUAUGAUCACAAUAACUUGAUGUUCCCCCACCUUAUGCUUUUUGCAAUGGAGAACAUCCCUCCUUUGAGGGAGCUAAGUCUUGAUUAUGGGGUGGCUGAUGAAUGGACAGGGAAACUUGCUAUUUGCAACUGAAUAGUUCAUAGAGAUGUUACCAUUUUUUCUUUUCACAGCCCAACAUUGAGGACAUGAUGCAUUGAGAUAGCAGAUAAUAGAAGUUCUGCAGUUUUUGCAAGCAUGCUCCUCGGAAUUUUGGGUCCUUGUUUUUUUGCUUGGAAAGUGGUGCUUAAAAUGUGGUUGUAGUAUUAUCUUUUUUCUUUAAUUUUUUGAGUCCUUGUCUUUUUUCUUGUAGCUUUAAGAUUUUGACAUCUAAACUGCUGCAUCUCUUCAUUCUCCUGCAAUGAGUUCAUUGUACCAAAGAUUCUUCAUCAUGGGAGAAGGAUGAGUUCAAAUCUGGGCAAGAAAAACAUGUGAAUUUGCUUUGGGGCUACUGCACUGACUUCUGCUGACUGUUUGACAUUAUAACCAUUUCUGGAGAUAUGGAAUGAAGUCUGUUUUUGCCGUCCCACUGGGUGUAGUCAUCCCGAUGUUUUGCAACUUCUAUUGUUAUGAACUUGUACCAAUAUUCUGUACAUAUUUGAUCAAACACGGAUAAACUUGUACAUAACUUUGUGUGUAAGUGCAUGUAUAAACGGAUGGAGCAAAUCCAUGUCAAUUGCUGUUCUUUUAA